AUGGGUCGGAGAAUCAUGGACGAAGACGCGAUGGCAGCUAUGGAGGCGGACAGGGUGGCCCAGGCGGAGCUGAGCGAGUAUCUUGAGCGUGAGAAUGGUCCAAGUGGUGGACGAGGUCACUCAACCGUUGCUUAUAGGAGGGAAGGAGAUCUUUCUCAGGCCUACCCGCAAAUUGAGGCACCCGAUUUGAGGGUAGGAGAUGCCAUCACUACACAACCAGUGGCAAGCAGAGACGACUGCAAGGCAUCCCCCCCUGAUAGCGACGACCGCGACGUGUGUGCACCAAGACCCUCCGCACCCUUAGGGUCACCCACAGGGUCAGAGACACCGUUAGUUGCAAUCACUGACGAGGAGGUGAGAAAUUACCGUAAGGCGAGCGAGUACGGCGACUACCAUCUUCUUGUUUCCGACGGCGCGCGGCCGGCUUACCCCGUCGAGAGAGUCGAAGAAGUACAGCAAAACUCAUACGAAUACUUCGAUUUGCUAUACAGGUGGAGCCAUAUUGAGUCAUUUGAUACGAGUCCCUGCCAAUGGGAUGUGUUUCAAAGACAAUUAGUGCGCUGGGAGCAUUUUCGCGCCUGGCAGAUGAGACAGCGCGACAAGAUUGAUGAGCUCUCGCUUGAGAAAUUCAUCGAGAAAAGAAGGACCGACUCCAAGCGCAUGGCUGAUCAUAUACCCGAAUAUAGGAUGGGUCCGGUAACCCCAAGUAGGCCCAUUCGCAAACAAGUGUAUAAAGCUUGGCGGUUAGAUCAGCACCUACGACGGCGGGACCGGGAGUUUAUUCGCCAGGGGGCUCACAAACCCGUUGGCUUUGUACAAAAGGUCGAGGCCAUUAGACGCAGACUGUUGGAGUACGGGUUCGCCGGGCACAUCGACUUCGACAUUGACCCAAAGAAGCAGGGCCAGCUGGCGACGUGGGCUGAGUACGUCGACUUCGAACUGCGCUGGCUCUCUGCGUAUGAGGCUGCAGUGGAACGAGCCGCACUGGAAGUUGAGAAAACGUGGCAGAAAUACGAUGACGAAGGCCAAUUUUCUAAGGAAGAGACGGUACAAGUCUUGCAGUCCAAGUACUUCAAGAUUGAACUCUCGGGACAGAAAUAUCAGAGACAAACGCACAUGACAGCGGCCAGAGAGGCUGUGGCAAGGCUCCGCCAACAGAUCGAAAGUGACUCGCCAGAAAUCGCCGACACAAAGCUCGAAAUGCUGCAGGCUGCCGAGAAGAGGUCUCAAAACGCAGACGAGCGUUAUAUGCAAGCUGUGAGAAAGAGCGCCGCUGCGUCUGAAAUCGAGAAUAAGAGGGGCCAUCAGAAAUAUAAAGAACUCGUGGCUAAACAAAAGGCACUGGCCCAAUGGUACCCCGUGGCAUCUGGGGAGCGAAAGACGAGAGUUUUCAAAUUCAGCGAAGUACACUCGAGUGAGACUACAACAGCUUUGCAGGAUACACCAGCUCGUCAGAGGAGCACAGGCACUCUAGCUAUGGUGAAGGGUGUGGGUUCAAGCCCUAGAAGACAGAGAAGCCGGGCUCCCGCUGUAAACGAUUCGGCUACACAUUGGGAUUACAAGGUUAAUAGCAGUGUUCCAAUCCCUUCGACAAUUCGACAGUCCAAGACAGGGACUGCUGCAUUCCAGGAGGCAACGAUCGCCCAAAAUGGCACGGGCCCUUUCACGGGAAUUAUGCCUCUUGACAUACGUUCCACGAUCUGUGGACUGAAGCAUUCAGAUGCUCCCCAAGUGCCUCAACAUGACCUCAUUUCGGGGGAAGAGAAGGCUCAGGAAGCUCGAACAGUGACAGCGAAGACAACUAACAAGCGAAAGCGGGCACGAACUGUUGAGGAGAUGGAAGCAUCGAAUGAGCGUUUAGAAUCUCUCCGGAGAAGACCUCAUGUAGAUUAUUCCGCGUAG